UAUAUAAAUAGAGACCGUCGUGGGCCAGAGUAGAAAAGAACAGAGGGCGGACACUAGACGAGCUUACAGCGCUAUAAUCUCGCAUCAGACAAUGGCUAAAGCUGCUAUAAUCUUUGUAUUAAUGGCACUAGUGCUGCCAUUUUGUUGGUCUGGUAUCUGGGAGAGAAAACCAUGGCAAAACUACGGAAGGAACUACUUGGAUCGAUACCAGUAUAUCCCCAAAAAGCAAGUAACAGCCAGGAAGUUAAUGAAAUACUUCCUGAAUCGAGCUCCCCAAAGACUGACCAAAAGAUCCUCGAGUGAAGGCGUUUUCUAUGACGUGGUUUUUGUGUUGGAUUCUUCUGGUUCUGUCGGUUCAAAAGAGUUCAAAAACGCGCUCCUUGCUUUGCAGACUCUUAUAACUCGAGCGAAAAACGACACCCUCUACGCAGGCAUUACCUUCUCCACGACCGCAAACAUAACAUACAACUUUACGUACCCUAUACAAGCCAUGAAAAACCUGGGAAAAACCGUGUACAUUCCUGGCAGGACCAACACACAGGAAGCUCUCGACAAGUGCCGCACAGAACUCUUUUUCAAAAGAGAAAGUGGAUAUCGAAGGUUAAGCUACAAACGAAUUCUCAUUGUGACAGACGGACAAUCAAAUAUCGAGAAACCAAAGACUUUAUACAACGCUUUUCGACUCAAGAAUAUGGGGAUAGAGAUCUUUGUGAUUGCAAUUGGGAAAUACCUUAAGGGGAUAGCAGAGAUAGUGGGCUUGGCGAGCUCCACAGAUGCACACUUGUACAGAGUACGCAACAUGAAAGAUCUUCUGGAUAUCGUUCACCUCAUUCCACCGUGGGAAUUCUUGCGACAACAGCAGAAAACGUGGCUCGAGAAUAUGUUCGAGGACAUGGAUGACGAGUUCAAGUACAUCAAAAAACGCAACCGAUAACCAUCACGACACAGAGAGAAAAAAUAACGAUACAUAUUCAGUAAAACUGAGACUGAUCCAAACACCGAGCCUUGAAAAGACUCGGUGAAUAUUUGCAUGUAUUGCUGUGGCAGAUAUUUAUAGAUAACUAGCACUAACUGUUUUCCUGGGUAUUUCUGGCAUAAACUGGUGUAAACACGUUUAGAAAAAAGGACAGUGGUUUUCUUCCCUUCCAAACACACAUACGCACUAAAAAACCCUUUGCCUAAUAAUCCCAGUUCCUAAACACAUUUUCUACUGAACACAACAACAACCAGUAAGGCGGGAAAAACAUAAUGAAAAACCYUUUGCCUAAAAAUCCAAGUUCCUAAAGACAUUUUCCACUGAACACCACAACAACCAGAAAGGCGGGAAAACUUAGGAUCACGUGGCGUACGUCAUCAGAUAAACAAGGCCGGAAGUAAAACAGUUCGGACAGCUAUACUACAAUGGAGUUUGCCAUUAGUUAGCUAUUCUAGAAUAGAAGAACCAUUAAUGUAAUCAAUUAUUACAUUAAGAGAAAAAAGGACAAAAUUCAGAAUGCGAAUGAAGUGGUACAUUGACCACGACGUUGGUGAGGAAAGUGGAAAAAGAGAUACGCUAGAAAAAAUAAUCUAGAUUCAAAUCAAUACAAACAUUUGAAGGUUGAUCAAUCGAUAAAUGUUAAUAUAGCCUGCUGCAUGGAAUAAAUAUCGAAAUAUAGCCAAUGUGAUAUUUAAUCGCUUCUGCUGUAGUAAACAACUUGUAAAUAUGUGAUGUUUUAAUAAACGCACAAAAAACGACUGCAA